AUCCAUCUAUUAUCUAGAACUACCUACGAGAAGCAUUAUUAAAAAUCCAUCAACUGCUCUUGAACACCGUGUAUGACAAAUUUGAACUUUACGCUUCGUUAUCUCAUUCCUAAGCCGCAAUCAUGGCAAUUCCGGACACCUACUCAGCCUUCAGACGCUCUACUGGCGACUUCCCAAGGACCAUCGAAUUAUCAUCCGAGACACUCCCAAAGGAUCUCGGCUUGAAAGACGUCUUACUCAAGAUCCACGCUGUCUCUCUGAACUAUCGCGAUGUGGCAAUGUUGCAGGAAGGCAAGUACCCUGCGGCCGCUAUUGAAUCCGGUAUCCCUGCCUCGGACGCCGCCGGCGAGGUAGUCGCUAUCGGUAAGGAUGUCAAUGACUUCAAGGUCGGGGACCGCGUUUCGCCAAUCUUCGAUGUCGGUAACAUUACUGGGCAUGAAGAUACCCCUCCAACAGGCCUUGGUGGAGACUUCCAUGGCGUUUUACGUGAGUAUGGCGUGUUUGAGGAGCGGCACUUGGUGAAGCUGCCGCAGCAUUUGUCAUGGGAAGAGGCAUCCCUCCUUUCUUGUGCUGGAGUCACAGCAUGGACAGCUCUUCGUGGGCUCCCUGAAGGGACUAGAGCCGCUUUCUUCCAAGGUACCGGGGGUGUCAGUAUGUUCGGGAUGCAACUUUGCCUCGCUGCAGGCAUCCAACCGAUCAUAACAUCCUCCGACGACAAAAAGAUCCAGUAUAUCGAAUCACUCAGCCCCAAAGUCCGCGGCAUAAACUACAAGACUCACCCCGACCAGUCCGCCGAAGUCCUGCGUUUAACGGACGGCAAGGGUGUCGAUUUCGUCGUCAAUAACACCGGCGUAGGGUCCAUCCCGACGGACAUUGGACUUUUGCGCAAGAGAGGUGGCACUGUUUCACUCGUGGGUUUCUUGGACGGAUUUCAGGCUGACUGGAGCCCGGAUGCCCUUUUUCUUUUAAUGAGCAAAACUGCUCAACUGAGGGGCAUCGGAGUUGGUUCGAGAGAGGAUUUUGUGCGUUUAAAUCAGUUCUUGGAGCAGAAAAAGGUUUCUCUUACUCCGAUUAUUAGUCGCGUAUUCCCAUUCCAGGAGUCAAAGGCUGCCUUUGACUACUUAUCCUCAGGGAAACACAUCGGCAAGGUUGUCAUUAAAAUGUAAGAUGGGGUGUGUAUGAUGGGCUACAGGAAAUGAACAUGC